CAAAAAAGUAACAAAUUUUUUCGAAGGGUGCCAUCUGCUUAAAGAACUGAACAAGACCAACAUAGGGCUGAUUCCCAAAGAAGCUAUACCAGAAGGCAUGACACCAUUUACAUCAAUAGCUCUGUGCAACUUUAGUUACAAAAUCAUCUUCUUAAAAGUGUUGACCAAUAGGUUGAAACCUUUGCUGAAUAAACUGAUCACACCAAAUCACACUGUUUUUUUCCCAAAUUGACAGAUCCAAGAUAGUAUACUAGUAGCGAAUGAGACUUUUUAGUUCCUGAAAACAAACGAAAGAGUGAAUGAAUUCAUGGCUAGUAAACUUGACUUGAAUAAAGCUUAUGUAGGGUCGAAUGGGAUUCUGUUGAAGCACUUAUGCUUCAAAUGGGUUUUCAUCCGAAUUGGGUCGACCUGAUUGUCCAAUGUAUCAGCCCAGUCCAGUAUGAUGUAAUUGCUAAUGGUGAAACUAGAUGCACACUAAAACCUCAACAAGGCAUUAGGCAAGGAGAUCCUCUCUCCCCUUACCUCUUUUUACUUGUGGUUCAUGUGUUGUCUAGAAUUAUCCACGAGGAGGUGAGAGAAGGGAAUAUUUCUGGGAUUAGGAUCCAAAGGAGGAACCCCACCUUAUCCCAUUUGUUUUUGGCUGAUGAUUCACGCCUGUUUGUAAAAGCAGAUAUACAGGAAAGCAACCAUCUUAUGGAUAUUCUGAGACGUUUCAGCAUGGCAUCUGGCCAGUUGAUCAAUCUGAAGAAAUCUGGAAUUAUCUUCUCAGGCAACACGCAGGAAGACAAGAGGACGGAAAUCUGCCAGAACCUACAGAUGAGCCCCUUACCUCUCAACUGGGAUUCGCAGCUUUUUGUGGCAGAUCAAAAGCACAAACACUCAACUACAUUAUGGAGCGAAUCAUGAACCAAAAACAAGGAUGGAAGCAUUUGUUCCUCUCCCAAGCAGGAAACGAAACCCUCAUAAAAUCAGUGGUGCAAACAAUACCAAUCGUAUGACAUGUGGUGCAUAGCAUUUUAAAAAAUGUGUUAAGUUAGUUUUAGGAAAUAGUUACUGUGGUAAUCAAAAGUUAUUAAUUU